AUGAGCAAGAACUUCAACUUUGCGGCGCCGUCUUUUGUGCCCACUGAGCCCAAGCCCAGUGCCGGAAAGAAGCCGGCUGCUAGCAAGAGCAAGAACGGGCCGCCCCGAAAGCCCAAGGCUAUCAACACGCCCCAGCGAAAUAACCACCGUAAUCGACAGCGUCCUGUGCCCGAAGACACCAGUAAGAAGGACGCAGACGCCAAGAGAGACCUGGAGGAGGAGCUCGCCUCGCUCGCGCCCCGUAAGGGCAAGGUCAACAUUUCGCACUUGCUCGAGUUCUCGCCUCCCAGCGCCAGCCGACACGCUAGCAACAACCAUGCCUCGGGCCACCACUCGCACUCGCCACACCCCCGACGAAAGGCAGCAAUCAAGGAGUUUGAUAAAGACGCCUACGCCAAUGCCAACUUUUCGUUUGUGGUCAAGCCGGGCGAGUUCUCUAACCCGGACCACGUUGACAUGACGCGUGUCGUCCGGGUUUUAGUCCCCCAGGCAUCUGACUGUCUUAUUUGUUUGUGCGAGCCCACAGCUCCACGAAUGCUCGGCUGUGGCCAUAUCAUGUGUCUGGCCUGCCUUAAGCGCUUUAACACCCAGUCCAAGGAGUGUCCACUGUGUCUGGAGAACGUCAACAACGCACACGUCAAACCUGUCAUUUUCGGUGGCGUCGACGACGAACGACCGACCCUCAAGACAGGUGACACGCGUGAAUGGACUCUUCUGGGCCGAGACCUCCACGACGUGUUUGCCGCACCUGUCACGGCCAAUGUGACCCAGUCCUCCAUCCCCUCGGUGGAGUCGCCCUAUGCCUCGUACUCGCGUCUACGUAUCGGCACAGCACAUUGGGCCCGAGAAAUGUACCAGCGCGAACUCGAGGCAAUCUUCGAUAUGCGAAAGCAGGACGAGUACAUGUUUGGCGACGAUGGCCACUUUGCUGACCAGGCCGUCGAAGACAUUAUGGAGAAGAUGGAGCUCGAGUCUGGAGGCGACGACCCCGCCGCUGCAGACCACUCUCUCCCGUUCGAUUUGGAACUGGAGUCACCCCCCACCGUGGGAGGUCUGUCCUCACCACCCAAGGAGUUUUACUUUUAUGCCAUUCGGCCGAACUACUUUUUGGCUCCUCUGGAUAUCAAGGUGCUGAAGCACGUUUUCGGCCAUUACUCCAUGUUCCCUCCGUCGAUUAAACCCCGAAUCGAGCACGUGGAACACACCUCAGUCACCAUUGACCUGCGAAAGCGGUCCAAGUACCUGGCUAACCUACCUGUGGGUGCUGAAAUUGGAUUCGUCGAGUGUGACUGGCGACAUGUGCUGCCCAAGGACAAGCUCGCACCCUUUGCUGAGGAGCUCAAGCAGCGUUUCCGCCGUCACAAGAACCAGGAACGACGAGACGACAGAAACAAGCGGUUGGCUGAACAGAGAGACCAUGUGGAGUUCGAUACGUAUAUCGAGCAGCGAGGCUUCUCUUCCCCUCCUCUAGGUGCUUCGGCGCCCUUUGGAAGCAGUCCUAUCAGCUCGCUGGACCCUGUUCUGGGUGAGACAGCUCCUACCUCUUCGGGCGAGACCCCCUCCCCUUCUGGAAGUGCUCAGAAGAAGACCGUUUGGGGCAAGGCUGUCAACUGGACUUCGGAUCCUGUGGCCCCCCAUGACUCUGAGGAGAAUGGCUGGGGCGACAUUGCCAAGGCCCUUGAGGCUGCUGAAGCCGAGUCCGGAACCCGCAAGAAGGGCAAGAAGAAACUUGUUCUUGUUUCUCGAAAUGCCUUUUAA